AUGGAUAUUAAUAGUGCACAAACUAAAACAAUCACUCAAGAUCAAAUAAUAAACCCUUGGAAUGUCAACGGAGCUGUUGUGGAUGGAAAACAGCAAGCAAUUGAUUAUGAUAAACUGAUUGAGCAAUUUGGUACGAAACGAAUAGAUAAAGAUCUACUUGAAAGAUUUGAAACUUUGACUGGAAAAAAAUGUCAUAUAUUUUUAAGGAGAGGAGUGUUUUUUUCUCAUAGAGAACUUGGUAUGAUUUUGGAUCGUUAUGAAAAAAAGAAACCAUUUUUUCUUUAUACAGGCCGUGGUCCAAGUAGUACUUCUAUGCAUCUUGGACACAUGGUUCCAUUUAUUUUUUGUCAGUGGUUGCAAGAGGUUUUUGAUGUACCAAUUGUUAUUCAACUAACUGAUGAUGAAAAAUUUCUGUUCAAGCCAGACCUUACUCUGGAAAAGGCUAAUCAGUUUGCACAUGAAAAUGCUAAAGAUAUCAUUGCUUGUGGUUUUAAACUUGAAAAAACUUAUAUUUUUUCAAAUCUUGAUUCAGUUAGUAAAGCAUUUUAUCAUAACAUUGUAAGAAUUUCAAAGUGUAUCACAACAAGUCAAUCAAAAUCAACAUUUGUCCAAGCAGCACCAUCAUUUUCUAAUACUUUUCCUCAAAUAUUUGGUACCAAAAGUGACAUUCCUUGUUUGAUCCCUUGUGCAAUUGAUCAGGAUCCAUAUUUUCGUUUAACACGGGAUGUUGCUCAUAAACUUAAGUAUCCAAAACCAAGUUUAAUACAUGCUAAAUUUUUUCCUGCUCUACAGGGAUCACAAACAAAAAUGAGUGCUUCUGACAAUAACUCAGCAAUAUUUAUGACAGAUACUCCAAACCAAAUUAAGUCAAAGAUCAAUAAAUGUGCAUUUUCUGGUGGUGGUGAUACCUUAGAACUUCAUAAACUUCAUGGCGGUAAUCCUGAUAUAGAUGUUGCAUAUCAAUAUUUGUGUGUAUUCUUGGAUGAUGAUGAAGAGCUAAAUAAUAUUUACAAGAAUUACAAAUCUGGUGAAUUGUUGACUGGCCAGUUAAAAGCACGAUGUAUUCAAGUAUUACAAAAAUUUGUUGGUGAUUUCCAGAAGCGUAAAUCAGAAAUUAAUGAUGAAUCAUUAAACAAAUUCAUGGAUUCCAAUAGAAAAAUUCAUGU